UUUUUGUAAAAUUUGGGCGCGUAUUACCUCGAUCUAAUCAGCUCCCGCUGAUGUCCAAUGUGCAUAGUUUUAAAAAGAAUAAGAAGUGAAUACAUUUGAUCUUGAGAUAUAAUUAAUUAAUUCUGAUUCGUUUUUGUUUUCGGAGGUCUGCCUUUGCGAGAAUUUUUCAUGAGUGAAAAACAUUUGUUACGGCGCGUGGUUGUGGUGGGUGCAGCGCUGGUGGCGGCUGGAGCUGGCACGCUACACAUACGCGCCCAGGCAAACUAUGGCGGAGAUAGGCGUUUCAAGUCAGUGUGCCCGGCGGCAAAGGCAAAACAACUAAAUAUGAAGACGAACCAACUGGUGAUCAUACGACAUGGUGAGAGUGAGUGGAAUAAGCUAAAUCUCUUUUGCGGCUGGCACGAUGCCGACUUGAGUGAACAAGGUGCCAAGGAUGCAAUUAACACAUCUGCUGUAGCACUGCGUGAAAGCAACUUAAAAUUUGACACUGCAUACUCCUCGGCGUUAAUACGCGCGAGACAAUCUCUCAGUAUCAUAUUAAAAGAAUUGAAUCUCUGUGAUUUGGAAGUCGUUAGUGAUUGGCAUUUGAACGAGCGACACUAUGGCAAUCUGACAGGUUACAACAAACGCGAUAUGGCCGACAAAUAUGGGGAGGAGCAAGUGCAAUCGUGGCGGCGUAAAUACGAUGUUCUUCCACCACCUAUCACAGCAGACAAUCCAUACUAUCAUUCCAUACGCAAUAAUCCGAGUUUCAAAGAUAUACCACCGACGGAAUUCCCAGACACUGAGUCACUGAAGGUCCUAAUGCAACGCGUCAUACCAUACUUUGAGAAUGUCAUAUUUAAGCAGGUGCUUGGAGGCAGGCGAGUUCUCAUCAUCGCACAUGGCACAGUGGCACGUGCUCUAAUCAAACACAUCGAUAAAGUGUCGGAUGAGAAUAUUUCUACUGUGAAUGUACCGAAUAGCAUACCCUGCGUAUUUGAGUUUAAUAUGGAAACAGGGGAAAAGGUCGGAAAAACUACAUUCUUAGCAGAUGAAAACUUCUUGAACGAACAGAUACAAAAGACCGCUUCGAUUGGGGAGUCAAACAAAUGAAAAUGUACUUAAUUGUUCAAAGCUAAAAACUUCUUGAACUCAAAUAUAUGUAUGUAUGUAUUUAAUGGAAAAACUGCGAAAAGAGACUAUUUAAGUUAAUGUGUAAAUUAUUUGUAAUGUAAUCGUAACCGUUUGUGUAUCUACUUAUAACUGUACGUGUAUAAUUUUACUUUUAUUGUAUAGUAUACUGUGUAAAUUUAAGUGAUUUGUGAACGCACAAUAAAUAUUAUCUUAUCUUUUAUACAAAAUAUAAAAAAGA